AUGGCAGCACAAGGCGACGUCACCGCCGAAAUUAACUUCUAUAAAGCCCCCGCCGACGGGUCCGCGCCCUUUGUCUACGUCGAGCAACCCCCCGCCGGCCAACCGCAACAGAACUUCUCGCAAAUCACCCACCAAGUGCCCCUCACCGACAUCCGAGGCCACGAGGACGAAUACUCCCUCGCCAAGGAUGCCUUCCAAGUCGUCCGCGGAGUCCCCUCCGCCAUGACCUACGCCCAAUUCGACUCCGACGCCGCCGUGCGCGAGAUCUACUACCCGGAAACCGAGCGGCUCAUCCUCGAGCACGUCCCGGACGCCAAACGCGUCGUCAUCUUCGACCACACGGUGCGCAAGCACGAUCCCGCCGCGACUCGACGGCCGGUGACCUACGCGCACGUCGACCAGACGGCGGCGGCGGCCGAGGCGCGCGUGCGGCGCAGCAUCGCCGACCCCGAGGAGGCCGAGAGGCUGGUGCAGGGCCGGUUCCGCAUCAUCAACGUGUGGCGGCCGAUCAAUGGGCGGGUCGAGUCCCUGCCCCUCGCCUUUGCCAGCGGCAGCUCCACGGAUCCCGCCGAUCUGAUCCCCGUCCAGCGCCGCUACCCCACCUUCACCGGCGAGACCAUGAGUGUUCAGUACACCCCCCGCCAGCGCUGGCUGUACUGGUCGCAUGUCGAUGAUGAUGAGCGGAUUCUGUUGCAGUGCGCCGAUAAUCAGGAGGGGGCUGUGGCGAGGGUGCCCCAUGCGGCGUUUAUUCAUCCGCGCUCCCCGGCGGAUGCGAAGCCGAGAGAGAGCAUUGAGGUGCGGGCGUUGGUGUUUGGUUAG